GCCACUCGACGUCUGGUCUGCAUCCUCCUGGCUUGGGUUCUCGUCAUGGCGGUCAUGCUUCACUUAUCCUUAAUGGAAACACCGCCGGACAUGCCGGUGAUCUACGUCAUCACCCCAACUCAUAUGAGACCAACGCAAAAGGCCGACCUGACCCGACUGGGCAACACCUUGCGCCAGGUCCCGAACCUCCACUGGAUCGUGGUAGAGGACGCCGAAGUUAAGUCGCUCAAGGUGACUAAGUUCUUACUAAACUCGCGGAUACCGUACACUCAUUUGAAUGCCCCCAAACCCGAUUACUGCCAGUCAGGAUGCGUGGCCAGAGGGAGCGAACAGAGAAACCUCGGCAUGGACUGGCUUCGGCAGAACAGGGGGCCCCUUGACUCUGGUGUGGUGUACUUCGGAGAUGAUGACAACACGUACGACCUGGAGCUCUUCGAGGAGAUGCGGUACACUAAGCAAGUGUCGGUGUGGCCGGUGGGGCUGAUAGCCGCUCGUUGGUACGAGCGGCCGUUGGUGCGCGACGGGAAAGUAGUGGGCUGGUACACGGGAUUUCCUGGAAGAAAAUUCGGUACAGACAUGGCAGGCUUUGCAGUCAAUCUGAACCUCAUCCUAGCCAAUCCCGAAGCGCGCUUCGUUUUGAAGGGGGCCCAGAGCGGAAUGCAGGAGUCCGACUUCCUGAGCAAACUCACCAAGCUCGAGUAUCUCGAACCCAAAGCUAACAACUGCACAAAGAUUUUGGUUUGGCAUACACGGACAGAGAGUGCACCACUCUACAAACAUGUCAAAGAAAAAAAUGUGGACAUCGAGGCAUAAAGGUGCAUCACCAAUUUGCAACAUUUUUCAGCCAGAACCAUUUGGGGAGACUGAUCUACUGUGAUGUCUGAAGAUGUCUAUGAUGAUGCUGUAUAAAGAACACCAGACAUUAGUUCUUAAAAAUAAAAUAUGUUUAAAUGUAAAUAAAAAUACACAAGCUCCUGAUCUCGGUAGGAUAUAGUGGCAUUAGAGAAGUGACUGUUUUAUUUUUUUGUAUUUUUUUUGCAUCAAGUCCAAGAUCAUGCUGGAUGUUAUUGCAGCGCAUGCAAAGCAAUGGCUCUUUCAAUUACCGUAAUUUCCCAACUAUUAGCCAUGGCUUAUACAUAGAUUUUAUACAAUUUCUUCAGCUAUGAGGUUAAUAUACGGGGGCAUUUAAUAUGGUAUUAAUAUGGUUUAGUUUCUUUUAACCUGCAUCAAACACUGUCCUGUGGCUUAUACACAAUGCACCUAAUACAAAGGAAAUUACUGAACGCCAUUUCUUCAUUAUUCAGUUUCAGCCAUCUCUUAUCUGUUUUCCCCAUGUAGUUUCUUCCUUCUCUUUACCUCCAUUUGUCCUCCUCUAUAACACGCAGUACCACUCUUCUCAUCUCUCCUCUCCUCACUCUGUUACCAUAGCAUGCUCUGGUAUUUCCUUCAAGAAAUGCAUGUCUCGUACUGUAUAUUUUGUAAAAUGUUCCUUCAUUUUCAAUUCAAACCUUUUCUGUUAUUUUAUCUGCGAAAAAAACAAUUGCUUACAUUUGGAUCCGAAUGUCAGUCAGUUGGUCAUUCUUACUGAACUUCUUUGUAUGUAGCACAAUUUGACAUUUUGAUAGGUCAAUGGACUUGCUGAAAGUAAACAACUCCAUUGUUUUGUCUUCACAUUCACCCUAAUUCAGACUUGUCUGUUUGAUUCUGGAUUACCGAGUGUUCAGCAUGCAUGUCCAUGUCCGCUUUGGAAUCCUCACACAAGAAGGUGUGAGGUAGGUGUG